UCGACUGGAGUAUGCAAAGCGAGCAGCGGUCCGUGCAACCGUGUGUGUGUGUUUCAGUUUCAGGACCUUUACACAGCUUUAAUACUUUACAGUGUAGACUGUGUGUACAUGUAAACUCGGUUCAGUCUGAAACAGGUGUCUGCCUCUGACGUUUCUGUUUUGUGCGUGCGCGUGCGUGCGCGUGCGUGUGUGCGUGUUAAACACAAGGCGUGUGUGAAGCUCAGAGCUGCUGCAACGUAGACGCGGUGUAUUGUCAUACACACAAACGGCGACAAGAAGCUGAAGAAUAACGUCUACCAACGGUGUGACUGAUACACCGCUCCAGUCAUUCCUGUCCAUUUUCAUCAACCUAUACUUGAUGAGUCCUGCUGCUUGAUGAGGUGCACUUAGAGCCAGUGACGACAGAAUGCAUGCUCUUUAUUGAAGGACAGCAUGGUGAAAGACGAUAUCUUUUUAUAACCUCUGAUUUGUAUGACUGCGUGAGCUUUGAGGUGGCUGAUCAGAGGUAAGCACCAGGUCGGCACGCAGCCACUGAAGAGGGCAUCGUGAGCGCUCACACAGGGGGAUGGAAGCAGUGGACCAGCCCAAUUUACCUCCCUGAUGCUCUGGGUGUGGUGCAUAUACGUUGGGAGAUGAAUCGGCUCACCUUACACACCCUGCCAGUCUCACCACGCUGCAUUUUGUGAAUGAAGGAUGGGACUCGAAGUGGAUUUAUUGGUACCUGUGCUUGGUUUCUGCUACAGGGGGAUGGGGCUGCUAUGGAUGCUGCUGGUCUCCGCUUACUUUGCCUGCUGCUCUGCUAUUCUCAUGGAUUCUGUGGAAAGCCACAGCACAUUCACCUGUGAGCCCAUAGGGCUCCGUAUGUGUCAGGACCUCCCUUACAACACCACUUUCAUGCCCAACCUGCUCAACCACUACGACCAACAGACAGCCGCUCUUGCCAUGGAACUCUUUCACCCCAUGGUGAACCUGCAGUGUUCUCCAGACCUGAGGCCUUUCCUGUGUGCGCUCUACGCCCCCGUGUGUACAGAAUAUGGCCGCAUGUCACUGCCCUGCCGCAGCCUGUGUAUCCACUCGAAGAGAGACUGUCACAAGCUGAUGGAUAUGUUUGGUGUGUCAUGGCCUGAGGAGAUGGAGUGCAACAGGUUCCCAGACUGUGAUGAGCCGUAUCCUCGUGCUGUAGAUAUGCUGACCACUAUGAAUGCCUCUGAUGAGUUGCCCAUGACAGUGCAGCGAGACUAUGGUUUCUGGUGUCCGCAUGAGUUGAAGAUUGAGCCUGAGCUGGGGUACACAUUCCUCGGUGUGCGUGACUGCUCCCCUCCCUGCCCCAACAUGUACUUCAGACAAGAAGAGCUCACCUUCGCCCGCUACUUUAUCGGCGUCAUCUCCAUCGUCUGUUUGUCCGCCACACUGUUCACGUUCCUUACAUUUCUUAUUGACGUCACACGCUUCCGCUACCCAGAGCGGCCCAUCAUCUUCUACGCCGUGUGCUACAUGAUGGUGUCACUGGUCUUUUUCCUGGGCUUUUUGCUGGAGGAGCGUGUGGCAUGUAAUGCAGCUAGUCCAGCCCAGUUCAAAGCCUCCACAGUGACUCAGGGCUCCCAUAACAAAGCUUGUACUUUGCUCUUCAUGGUGCUCUACUUCUUCACCAUGGCCGGAAGCGUGUGGUGGGUGAUCCUCACAAUCACCUGGUUCCUGGCUGCUGUGCCCAAGUGGGGCAGUGAAGCCAUUGAAAAGAAAGCCCUGCUGUUCCAUGCCACUGCUUGGGGUGUACCCGGUGUGCUGACUGUAGCACUGCUGGCCAUGAAUAAGAUUGAGGGUGAUAACAUCAGCGGCGUAUGCUUUGUGGGAUUGUACGAUGUGCACACUCUGCGCUGGUUCGUGCUGGCUCCGCUGUGCCUGGAUGUUCUGGUUGGCGUGUCUCUGCUCCUUGCUGGAAUUGUGGCCCUAAACCGGAUCCGCAUGGAGAUCCCUCUGGAGAAGGAGAACCAGGACAAGUUGGUGAAGUUCAUGAUCCGUAUUGGCGUGUUCUCUGUUCUUUACCUGGUGCCACUGCUGACAGUGUUGGGCUGUUACCUGUAUGAACAGGCAUACCGUCCAGUGUGGGAGACCACCUGGGUACAGGAUCGCUGCCGAGAGUAUCACAUCCCCUGCCCUUAUCAGGUGGCUCAGACAAGCAAGCCUGACCUGGUUUUGUUCAUUAUGAAGUACCUGAUGGUGUUGGUUGUUGGCAUCCCAUCUGUGUUCUGGGUGGGCAGUAAGAAGACCUGCUUCGAGUGGGCCAGCUUUCUUCAUGGCCGCAGACGCAAAGACAGUGCGGUGAAUGACAGCCGUCAGGUACUGCAGGAGCCUGACUUUGCUCAGGCUCUGUUACGUGACCCCAAUACGCCCAUCAUCCGCAAGUCACGUGGCACGUCCACACAGGGCACAUCCACCCAUGCCUCCUCCACUCACCUGGCCAUGUUAGAUGAUGUGCGCAGCAAAGCAAGCAGUGUCCACAGCAAGAUGAGCAGUUACCACGGCAGCCUGCACCGCUCACGUGACGGCAGGUACACUCCCACCAGCCACAGAGGCAUAGAGGAACGCCCGCCCUAUGGGAGCAUGCCCCGCCUUAACGAGCAGCUAUCGCGUCACAGCAGCCUACACCGACUCGACAGCCAAUCACGGCACAGCAGCAUGCGGGACUUAAGCCAUCCUCCACCCACCAACAUAACACACGGCUCCAGCAUGAACCGUGUGGUGGAGGAAGACGGCAUGAGCGCGUAAUUACUAGAGUCGUUCAGUUUACACACACUCCCCUCAGUAUGUCAGAAAGAGAGAGUCGUUGCUCUUCAGAUACAGAAGGUGCUAAUGUGAAAACUGCACUCAAAAUAGUACAUAGUUUGUGUAUUUUACAUGCACAGAAGAACCUCUGGGAGAACGUGUGCCUGUCCAACACUGCCUGUGGUACACCAUACACCCUCAUAAGACCGGUUUCUUUGAUACUGUGAAGUUCAGGGUGAGUGACGGGGCAAGUGAGUAAAGUACAUUACUCAUUACUCUGACCCCUGCUGAGGGACUGCAGACAUGUUUCUCACAGUUAAUGCAGUUUUCAAACAAACAAACAAACAAACAAACAAACAAAUAAAUAAAUGGCAAGCAGCAUGCAGCUGUGCACAGUCUUACAGACGCAGUGUCUUACUUGCUGACUUGCAGCUUUUUCCUCGCGUGAUCAUCUCCACGGCUCUAUGCAGCUUGUCGGAGCAACUCCAGAUUCCACUCAGCGAGGAUCUUUACAUCUUAACCUUCUUCAUGUUCAAGCACUCAAAGCCAAGCGUAAAGAUGAAGGGGAAAUUAAGACAAGCGUGACUGUACUUGGCAGUUAUGUGCCUCUGGCGAGCAAUUACAUAUACAAGAUAAGGAUGGAGAAAGUAAAGGAUUUACUCACAUUAGCUCUUGUGAUGUGCAUGUUUCUGUACAUUUAUUACAGUACUCCUGAAACCACACACCUGAAAACCUCACUUCCACCAGACGUAACAUUCCCUGCUGCGUCAGCCUACCUCAUCAGUUCAGAGAUCCCACACCUGCCUCAGAUCACAGUAAACAUUUAACCUGUGGUCGCUCUCCUGUUAAUAAUGUUUUGAGCCAGCUUUCUAAGCAGAAUGGCGUGACUGGCAAAGCGCAGCGUUUCCACAACGCAUUUGUUUUAACACAGGUCUGUAACGUCAUGGGAAAGAAAACAUUUUACAGAGGCACAUGUGUAAAUGGAUUUUGUGCACACUACUGAUGGAAUGCUAAACGCAACUUGAACCAGAGACUUGUGCUUUGUGCGAACGCUUCUGGUUUAGAAAUCUACAUUAACGGUUACUGCUUCUGCUUGAUAAAUGAGCUCCAGUCUGCACGCUAUAUGCAAAAAGCUUUGAAAAACUCAUCUGCCUGACAUUUUUCUGUUGGUCACUUCAGUAUGCAAUGUGUGCUCCUACUGUAAGCAUGUAAAUGUGCAACACUAAAAUAUUUCUGCCUCCAGAUGCUUAUCUGGUACAGAAUUCAGAAUUUAAUACGUAUUUAUAUCAAGUUAUGAAUUUUGUAUUACUUUAUUUUUAUUUGGCUGCAGCAAGUCAUACUUUUGUUAAAUUGUAGCUAAAUCCAGAUGUCUGGGUGAUUCUCCUGAGUGCUUUGUUUUGUUUAUGGAAAAGUGAAUUCUCUUUGUGGUAUUUAGUGCCUGAAAAUGUGACUGUGGACCUGAGAUUUGUAAAUUGACCACAUUUUAACAGCUACUACUGCAUCUCUAGUUUCGUUGCCUUCAGUCUCCAAAGUAUGCUCAAUGCUUCGUGAUCAACUUCUGUCUAUACUGUAGAGACUGCAGAUUUUUGUAGAGGGAGGAAGAUUUAGCACUUUAACUAUGGCUAGCUGUUGAAUGUCUAUAGAUGUUCUUUUCAGUUUUAGGGUCUUGCAAAAUUUCAGAUAAUUUUUUUUUUUUAAAUAAAGAAAAAGUUGCUGGUGAAUUCUGUUUUUAAUGCCCCCCCCACACUUUUCUGUUCAAACCCAUGGAUGAAUGUUUCAAAAGUAAUUUACACAAAUCUGACACUUUUCAGAUUUAGUUGGAUUCUUGGCAUCAUGGAAAGUUAAAUGCAGAAAUCACAAUUCGCUCAAUAGUAUAUGGUUAAGUAAUACUCUUUAUACUCUAAUAUUUUAAUAAAAUAGGAUUUCAUUACAUUUUAAUGGUAUACAUCAUACUUAAAAUCAGAGCAAGUCUAGCUUCAAAAUUCUGUCAUUCUGACUUUAGUGUACAGGAUAAGCAUCAGAUUAAUGAACAUCUCUGCCUUAGAGAAGUGCGAGUGCUACACCAUGUAGUUUGCAUCCAGCAAAAACCGCAUAGCAUUCAUGUCUGGCCUGACCGAUUACAUUUAAUGUAAAAGGAAAAUGGCCAAUAAACCUUUUCCCACAAAGCAUCACUGCAAAAAGGCUGGCAAACAAUCAUAAGUAAAUUAGGUUUUGUAACAGUUCCCCAUUUUAUUGAAAUAAAUCAGUCAAGAUACGAGUUCUCAAUGUGAAGAGUGAUGGCUAAUUAAAUAUAAACUCAAUGACAUUCCACCUUAAAUAAGCAUGUGCCCCCCCCCCCAAAAAAAAAGAAAAGAAAAAAAAAAAAGGGUGGUAUUCUUCUUGUUCACAUCCCAAGUGUCCACACUACACAGAUCAAUAAAAUAUGGUAAAAACAGUUGGAAAAUCCAGCCUUAACUUUUUAAGUGAAUACACCUGACAUGCAAAACUGUACAUAUUCUUACAAAAAAAAAAAAAAAAAAAAAAGAAAGAAAAAAAAUGUGAUAUGAAAAAGCUGUAAUAUACAAGGCAGAGUAAACCCUCAUUUUGUUUUCAGUUCCCCCUCGGUUCCCUCAAGUCUAAUCCAUAUUCAUACUACACUACCCAGCAUUCAAACUGAGUUCAGUUAAGGCACCUCCCGCUAAUGUUGGCCUACACCAUGACUAACAGUCCUAAUACAACACCAAAAGACAUACAGAAAAGUCUGAUUGUGUUCUCCUCUUGCUCUCUAUUUCUCAUUGUAAUAAAAUAAAUCAUUGGUUCUAACAUACCUGAGUAACAUCAAACAGG